UCUGGAGACUUCAGCGGCGGCAGCUCGAAGCGUGCCCCUGCAAGUGUACAAUAUAGUGCAUGUGCGUGCGUGUGUGUGUGUGUGUACUGUAUACUUGUGGAAGCUGGGACCACUUGAAAAUAGCUGCCAUAGAUACAGUGUGAUUAUUUGUUAAUUGCUGCUGUUAGUACCGUACAGGUGUCGAUCAUGGCGCGAAGCCGGAAAGACAGCACUGGCAAGAGCGACUCCGAGGCCACCGACAAGGAGGUCAGCAAACGUUCUCGCGACAAAAAGAGACGUUCCGCCUCGUCCUCGAGCAGUGGAAGCAGUUCAUCUGAAAGUAGUUCAGGCUCUUCUAGUUCAAGUAGUGGCAGUAGCUCAAGAUCGAGCUCGUCAUCAAGCUCAUCUUCAAGUAGCUCUGGAAGUUCUUCUGCAAGUUCUCGGGAUAGAGGACGUAAACGCUCCAGGAGCAAAUCACCAGAGGCUCGAAGACAUGAAGUUAAAGAUAAAGAGAGAGAAAGAGAAAAAGACAGGGAGAGAGAAAGAGAACGUGAACGUGAACGUGAAAGAGAGCGUGAGCGGGAGCGUGAAAGGGAACGUGAGAGAGACAGGGAUCGUGAAAGGGAUAGAGAUCGUGAACGUGACAGAGAAAGGGAACAGCAGCGCGACAGAGAAAAGGAGAGAGAAAAGGAACGUGAAAGAGAACGUGAACGAGAGCGAGAAAGAAAGAAGAAAGAAACCAACGCUGUUUCAGAAAAACCAAAACCAAAAGCCAAAUCGAGGACUCCCUCACCUCGCAGAAAACGUAGAGAGAGAUCUCCAGUUCCUAGACCUACAAAAAUCCAUAUUGGACACUUGACACGUAAUGUCACAAAAGAUCACAUUACAGAAAUCUUUUCCACAUAUGGAAACAUCAAACUAGUAGAUUUUCCUGUUGACAAACUGCACCCAACUUAUAACAAAGGAUUUGCCUACGUUGAGUUUGAAACCGCUGAUGAAGCUGAAAAUGCCAUGAAACACAUGGAUGGAGGACAAAUUGAUGGUCAAGAAAUUACAGCAGCACCUGUGCUACUACCUCCUAAACCUAGAGCUCCACUGGCGAGACGUUCACCUCCUCCCGCUUUCCCAGGUAAUCGUCGUGGACCUCCACCAGCUCAACGAGGUUGGGGCAAUCGUAAUUCACCUGGUCGUUAUCGUCGUCGCUCCCCACCGGGUGGCAAUCGUCGCGGACGCAGUCCACCAAGACAACCAAGGCGUCGACCGCGUUCGCGUAGUCGCUCACCAGUAAACAAUUCGAGACGCGAUCGACGUGAUCGCCGCUAUACCAGAUCCAGUUCGAGCAGCUCGCGAUAAUGUAAAAUUGAAUAAAUCAAUUUUAUCGUGUUAUAUUCAUAAGCCAUUACUAUAUAUAUUUCAUGGAUGAAGACCCUAGAAAACCAGACAAGUCAUGACUUCUAUGACAGAAAUGGCUAACAUUGAUUUCAUUUAUCAUAUUUAAAUUCUUUUAAGAAUAUUUUUCAAUGCUUUGAUUUUGGUCUUAUUCAAAGAAUCGUACGACAUUUUUAUAUAUACAAAAUUAUAUAGAAAAAUGUAAGAAUAUGUCAAAAAAGAAGAAAAAAAGAGAAAAGUCUACGUUUUUCUCGUGUAUAUUUACUACUACCUAGUGUGCAUUUUCUGUUUUACAUGUAUGAGUGAUGGUUUAUACUUAUAAAUGACAAAAUUUAAAAAUUUAAGAUAAGAAAAUCAUGAUUGUGAAUAACCGCGAUAAAUGAUUAUGUGCGAAAGACACGAAGAUAUGUAAGUUAUGUUUAAGUUAUCAACGUGGUCAUGAACUUUGAUAAAUAAAAUAAAUUAAAUUGUAAUCUUAAA